GGAGGCUCGCCCCGGGGAAGGUCACGCUCGGGGUCCCCAGACCAGGUCUCCGCACGCCCCUGCCCCGUCGCCUCCCGGGAGCUGCCGCCGUCCCCGUUGGCUGCGAACGGGCAGGCACCAGAAGUCUCCGCGCCCGGCAGCCGGACCGCACGCGGGGAAGAGCGAACCGCGCGCCCGGGCGUGGCCGAAGCGCUUCCUGUGCCAGGUUUCCGGCUCCGGGUCCCGGGAGGAGGCUCGCGGGCCAGAGGCGGAGCUGCCGCCCUGCCGCCACUUUCAGACUCCGACCAUGGCCUCGCGCUGGUGGCGGUGGCGGCGCGGCUGCUCCUGGAGGCCGGCGGCGCGGAGCCCCGGGCCAGGCUCCCCCGGCCUUGCGGGACCGCCGGGGUCGCGUGCAGCUGCCGACGUCCGCGCGCAGGUUCAUAGGCGGAAGGGACUUGACUUGUCUCAGAUACCCUAUAUUAAUCUUGUGAAGCAUUUAACAUCUGCCUGUCCAAAUGUAUAUAGUAUAUCACGGUUUCAUCACACAACCUCAGACAGUAAAACACACAGUGGUGAAAAAUACACCGAUCCUUUCAAACUCGGUUGGAGAGACUUGAAAGGUCUGUAUGAGGACAUUAGAAAGGAACUGCUUAUAUCAACAUCAGAACUUAAGGAAAUGUCUGAGUACUACUUUGAUGGAAAAGGGAAAGCCUUUCGACCAAUUAUCGUGGCGCUAAUGGCCCGAGCAUGCAAUAUUCAUCAUAACAACUCCCGACAUGUGCAAGCCAGCCAGCGCACCAUAGCCUUAAUUGCAGAAAUGAUCCACACUGCUAGUCUGGUUCAUGAUGACGUUAUUGAUGAUGCAAGUUCUCGAAGAGGAAAACACACAGUUAAUAAGAUCUGGGGUGAAAAGAAGGCUGUUCUUGCUGGAGAUUUAAUUCUUUCUGCAGCAUCUAUAGCUCUGGCACGAAUUGGGAAUACAACUGUUAUAUGUAUUUUAACCCAAGUUAUUGAAGAUUUGGUGCGUGGUGAAUUUCUUCAGCUCGGGUCAAAAGAAAAUGAGAAUGAAAGAUUUGCACACUACCUUGAGAAGACCUUCAAGAAGACCGCCAGCCUGAUAGCCAACAGUUGUAAAGCAGUCUCUGUUCUAGGAUGUCCCGACCCAGUGGUACAUGAGAUCGCCUAUCAGUACGGAAAAAAUGUAGGAAUAGCUUUUCAGCUAAUAGAUGAUGUAUUGGACUUCACCUCAUGUUCUGACCAGAUGGGCAAACCAACAUCAGCUGAUCUGAAGCUCGGGUUAGCCACUGGUCCUGUCCUGUUUGCCUGUCAGCAGGUUCACUGCCAGGGAAAAACUGGCAACUGCUGUAAGCACCGACGUGGCCAAAAUCAAACACAUCUUACCUCUUCCGUGGAGCCAUAGACUGUUAGAGCUCAAGGGCUUCCAGUCAUGAAGAUGAGAAGCCUAAGACCCCAGGGGCUAAGGAAGUCACUCAGCUGUGGCAGCUGGUAGCCAAACCAAGACUAGAGCUCGGAUCUAGGAAGUGAAGUGAUUUGGUGUCCUGGCUUUUGUAUUCUGUUAAUGGUGACACUUCUAAAUAGUUGCUAAGUAUUGUAGAAUAUCGAUUUUACCUUCAGUUCCUUUUUUACCUAUUUUUUUCCUCUCUUCUUGCUAUCAUCUUAAUUCAGGUCUUUUUUAUAACCUACUCUAGUAACCUGUUUGUUCUGUCUGCCUCUGACUCUUUUCAUUCCAUGGUUCUCAACCUUGGCUGCACAUGAAAAAUACCAGGGUGGGCGGGAGGGGGUUGAAAAUCCUGGUGCCCAGGCUAAACCCCAAGCCAGUAUAACCAAAGUCUCUGGGAACAGGAUCUAGGCAACUGUAUUUAUACCUCCCCAGGCCAGGUGCGGUGGCUCACACCUGUAAUCCCAGCACUUGGGGAGGCUGAGGUGGACAGAUCACCUGAGGUCAGGAGUUUGAGACCAGCCUGGCCAAUAUGGCAAAACCCUGUCUCUACUAAAAGUACAAAAUUAGCCGAGUGUGGCGGCGCACACCUGUAGUCCCAGCUACUCAGGAGGCUGAGACAGAGAAUUGCUUGAACCCGGGAGGCAGAGGUUGUGGUGAGCCGAGAUCGUGCUACUGCACCACUCCAGCCUGUGUGACGGAGCAAGACUCCAUCUCAGGAGGAAAAAAAAAAACUCCCCAGCUGAUCCCAGUAUGCAGUCAAUGUCACGCACCACUGCUCAGAUCCACUCUACACACUGCUAAAGGCAGAGCUCUGCACAUAAUGCUCUCUGCUCAGAAACCUCAGUAGCUUUCAGUUGGUAAUCAAUUUAGUACUUAGAGUAGAAUGCCUAAUUCCCAUCCUCAUCCUAGGCCAGUGACUCUCAAAAUGUUGGCAGAGACCAGAGACACUGGUGUCACCUGGGCAUCUGUUAGAAAUCCAUGCCAAGGCUCCAUCCCUACUCAAUCAGAAACUGGAAGAGAGGCCCCACAAGCAGUACAGGUGAUCCUGAUACGAUUUAAAGUUUAACAACCAUGUUGUUUUUUAUUUUUUAUUUGAGAUGGAGUUUCACUCGUUGCCCAAGGUAGAGAGCAAUGGCGCAAUCUCGGCUCACUGCAACUUCCACCUCCCCAGGUUCAAGCAAUUCUCUUGCCUCAGCCUCCCGAGUAGCUGGGACUACAGGCGUGCACCAUCAUGCCUGGCUAAUUUUUUGUAUUUU